AAACAAUGUACAACUUUCAGAGAAUUCACACAACACUGUAUAAUGAGCCCAAAUAAUUAAGAAGAUUUUAAUAAACGAAAAUUAGAUUGCGGAGAGAAUAUUAAAAUAAAAGAUUAAAAAUGUCUGAAACUGUCCCUGUUGUGUCUCUUCAACGAACUUUGAGUUUGUUAUUGAUAGUAUACGGUGUAUGCAUGCUGACCGCAUUACUAGCUGGAGCUACUCUAGUUGCUCAUGUUGACCCAUUUUCAGAAUGCAUUCUUUUCUCUACAGCGAGUGGGGAAGGACUUCACUAUGGACAUGAAGCAAUUUGUGAGACAAUUGCGUACCUGUACUUGGCUUGUAUCAUAGGAUCUGGAGUUAUGUUCUAUCUUACUUUCAAGCAUAGGAGGGCUCUUAUAGAGUUCUCAAAGUCAGGACAAUACAUGAAAGUUCAUGAUGACGUUAUGAAAUUGAAAAACAAGUUUAUCUGGUUGCACCUGAGUGGGACUAGUAUGAUAGUAAUAUUAACUGUUAUACUAACUGCUGGCUACGGACUAGCCUGUAGUAACCUAGAGCAUGUUGUAAAUGGAGAUUUGAUGAACAAAAUGGAUUUGAAAUCCGGACAACGAGAAAGACUUGAUGAAAAAUAUGUAUUUGAUAACCAAUUCUGGAGAUAUACUGGACAAAUAAACAAUGCUUAUGGUACCGAGCAAUUCUCCAUCCGGAUCACGUGUAGAACUAUAUUUACAGAUCCAACUAUUCAUCAGAAGCUACAUGAAACUCAUGUACAGAAAUAUUCCUCCUAUUACGGUUACUGGUACAAACAGGACUUAUACGCUUUCAACCCACAGACUCAAGCUGUGUUGACCAAUGCCUUGGUAGAGGCUAGUAUGGCGGGGGGCUGGCUUAGUAUACUGCUGUGGGUUGGAUCCCUGGUGUUUAUGUUGAUCCAGAGAUUUUACUUGAAGAAGGAGAAGAAGGAGAUGGACAGGGUCUCCUUGUACGAGGGAACACUCAGGAAGGAGGAGAUGAGUAUGAUAUCAGGAUCCUUCGGUGGACCUGAACCUAGGUUUCAACGAGGUGGAUUGAGAGGAUCCGGAGGUUCAAUGAAAUCUACAAGAUCAAGAAAAGACAUUGACGACAUAGCAUUUGGUAUUCAUGGUAUACCCUCAACCCCCAGAUAUGAUCAAGGAUAUCCGUCCUAUCCUAUGGAUGGUUCAAACCAAGGUUUCUCUCCUCAACCCCCUCAUUCACCUACACCAUACCUUCAACAGGCAUUUCCCGUCCCCACCACCCCGGGGUACCCAGCCCCCUCAACCCCUGGGUAUGCAGCCUACCCCGCCCAGUUUACUACAUUACCUAGAACUUAUGUACAGGCCGGUACACCAGAACCUAUGUACAAUGAACGUGAGCAGUUUGAGACAGAAAUAAUGUAAACAUAAACUAUUAAACGUACUCGAUUGAUAUGAUUCAUAUAAGUGAAACUCGUGAAGCAAGAUUUAUUCUCUGUUCGUAUAUUGUACAUUUACGUGUACAUUGUACAAUAUAUAGAUCUCAGGCUAACAUAAGGGCUUGACAACUAGUGUUCAAAUUCAAUCUUAAAAACAUAUUUUAAAAGUGUUCUAGUGACUAAACACUUCCAAUGCGUCCAGAGCUGGGAACUUUUGUGUUUGAUACCCAUAAUGUCAAACAUUUGAUCUUGAUAUCCACAGCAGGACAUUUUAAUUUGGAAACCAAAGCUUGCCCUCUUCAUUUCAGUUACUCUUGCUGGGUACAAUUACCACUGGACAUCGAAUAAAGAUUAAAUCAAUUUGCAAAAUAACAAAGAUCAAAAUCAAACAUUGAUUUCGCUUUCCACACCACAAGAGCUCCCAGCUCAGAUAAAACUGUAAACACAAAAAAUAAACAUCUUGUAGGAAUAAAGGGAUCAUAUUCAAUAAAUAGCGAGAAGUAGUUGAACCACGUGCCACCGGUUUAACCAGCUGUCGUGUGAAGAUUUAGAGAAGUGAUUUAAUUUAGUCUACAUCGUUCAACUACUUCUAUUAAUCAUUAAAUGUUUUCCCAGUUUACCCGUCUAUUUGUUGAUGUCUGUUUAUCUGUUUACGUUCUUGGGAUGAACGGGAAACAUGUUUCGAAACCUAUGCUCAUUGUAAACAUGUUUUACUU